AUGUUUUCGUUAUUCAAAAAAUUUCCUUUUGUUUCUAAUCGUUUUCCUACACAAUUCGCUUGUUCAUCUACAUUUUCACAUAUUACGUCUGAUGGAACAAUUGCCAUGGUUGAUAUAGGUAGUAAAGUGAACAGUCAACGACGAGCAAUCGUUGAAGCUACUGUUAAAUUUCCUGAUUCGCAUACAUAUCAAUCUUAUUUUAAUGUAACAACAAAGAAAGGUGAUGCAAGAUUAUGUUCUAAAAUAGCUGGAAUUCUUGCUGCUAAACGUACCUCAGAUUUGAUACCACUUUGUCACCAACUUCCACUUUCUCAUAUUGAUAUUGAAUAUGAACAUCGACAUGACCUAAACGAAGUUCUCGUUCGUUGUAUUUGUUCAACAAAUUAUCAAACGGGUGUCGAAAUGGAAGCAAUGGUCGGCGCUACAAUAGCUGCUAUAACUAUUUAUGAUAUGUGUAAAGCUUUAAGUAAAUCCAUUGAAAUUCGCAAUAUUCGUCUUGUUGAAAAAUCAGGCGGAAAAUCAUCGUCCAUUCCGUCGAAUUAA